CAGGUGGGCCGGCCAGAAACUUCACACAUUUAACAAAGUGUCCACUUCAUAACCACAAGGUCCAGCCAUAGGUACCUACCCAAAAACACCAAGUAAAAUAAACAAGGCCGAACACAACAAGAUGCCGGCGGACAUAGUGACCACGGAGCAGCUGCGCUACCAGCUCGCCUUCAGCCACGCCAUGGAGCGGACCACGCGGCACUGGGCGGAGACCUUCUGCUGGUAUCCGCGGAUGCAGAGCUGCCACUACCAGCGGAUCGACCAGAUCUACCUGGAGAGUCGCCAGCGGUACGGCGACGGGCACUUUCUCCCAUACGCGCGGCGGAGGCGCCUGCUUAGGAAGCACAUGGUGACCGCCCAGGAGGUGGCCGAAAGUCUGGAGCAGCGCAGGUCUCUGGAGCACGAAGGCAUUCGGGACAUCCAGGUGGCGGCCACCGAAAACGGAGAGUAUGGCCGAUUGAAGCCCUCGGGCCUGUACUUCUGCUAGGACUUGCCUCAAACAAAACCCGAUCCUCGCCAGAACCGUCACAAUUAAACUAUCAUCCUCUGCUGACAAUGCAACUCUCAAUGGCCGUCACUCAUUACGCGAUUUUUGCAUGACCGUGCGCAUAAUUAACAAGGUGAAAAUGUCAGUCCGACCUGUAACCGGUUGCUCCCAACCGCCACCUUAGCCCCCGUAGCGAGUGCCCACUGUACCCUCGCCUACUUAAACGCAACUCAAAAAGUUCGCACAGGUAAUUAAGUGAUCGCGUCUGUCCACUCGAUGAGAUGACUCGCCUCGUUUGUUCGGCUUGGAAACUUUUUUUAUGACGCCCAUAAAAUGGGAAAUAUUCCGCAAGUGCAUGAUAUGGCACACUAUUCACAUUCGCAGGUGCAUUGAAUACAUUAUUGAUACCACGCGAUCUUUAAACAAAUCCGAGACCAAUAAGAUUGCGAAGGGAAAGCCAUUUAAUUUUUGGUUUACUUAACCCAAUUUUGAUAGAUUUACAUGUACAUGAAUAAAUUA